AUGAAUGAUGUUGGGGUUGUGGAUGGAGAUUCAGGAGAUAUAUAUAACAAGUUUUUCGGAAUUUAUGAUCUGAGAAAAGUUUUUGCAGUUGAAUUUUUUGCAUGGCUCCUUGCUCAAGGAAUAGAAUCAGAUUUUAACGAUGACCAAUGUACAAAUAAUUUCUUUCUCAGAGUUGACAAACUGCAAAACGAUGAAUGUUGGAGACCAUAUAAAAAAGAUUUUAAUGAAACUCGUAAGAAGAAAGGGCAACAGAAAUGCACGCAUAGCCUACAUAAAUAUGGUGAUAAAAAUCUUAUGUCCCAUACUUUGAAGUAUAUUGAAAACCUAGAAAAUAAGUUGAUCCCAAUGACAAGCUUUGAUAAAUCUCUCCGGAAAAGAUUUAUUACUAAUAUAAGGGCCAUCAGCAAAUGGACAUUAAUGGAUAAAAAUAAUAUUGAAAUUGAUGUUGUCAAAACAAUUUGCCGAAGUAUUACUGAGGAAAUGAUAAUGAAUCUUGAGUAUAAUAAUCCUUUAUUAUCAUAUGUGGUUGAUUUUUCAAAUUUAUCCAAAGAAAUCAAAGAUGCAUUUGAUGAGCAAGUGCUAAUAACAAUGACAACUCCACCAAUAAAAUUCUAUCGAGACAUGGAUCCUACUUCAGAAAAAUAUCUUGUAUACUUGUAUGAAAACCAACAAGUGUGCGAAAAAUUAUUUCCACAAGUUAGCGAUGCAAGUUCUUUAUUUAUGGAGCAGUAUUUUCUUUGGAAAGCAUGCUACAAACUAUUUGAGAUGUGGAAUAGUAAUAAUUUUAAUAAAGAUUUUACAACUACGUUUAAUGAAGGUACCUGGGAGCAUUUUGUAUUACACCCACUAUUUAAUAUUUUGACGUUAAGUUUAGAUAAAUGUGUGGGUGAAAGUUCAUCAAGUGCAUCAAAAUAUCGAAAGACCGAAAAUAUAAAAUUUGAGAAGGAAACUCCAAAGAAGGCAGAUACCUGGAUUGAAAUGAUGAUUGCAAAAAAUCUUCAUGAGAUUGUAUUUGCUGAAACAUCAGGUUCACCUUUUCAAGCUACAUGCACAACUAAAAAGGUGUAUAAUGAUAAAUGUAAAUUAAUACGCUUUGGACAUGAUUCAAAAAAUAAAAUGCUCGAUGAACUUAUUGAGAAGAAAUGCAUAUAUUUGUCUGAUUGGAAGAACCUCUGUAAUGAAAUCCGCAAAGCUGAAUUGUUGUUAUUCCAAGCUUAUAAAGCGAAGCUCAAAGUUUUCAUCUUGGAUUGUCCAGCACACCCUUUUUGUCGCGUGGGAGAAUUAUUUGACUUAGAUAUUCCAUAUAAAAAAGUGGCGAUAGAAGAAUUUAAGUUAUUUAUUCAGGCUUUAUGGGCAAUCAGAUGUGCACUAUCUGAUAUUAUUCAUGAUUAUGAAAAAAUAGGAGAAAAACUGUUAAAAGAUUAUAAUAAAAUUGCUGGUUCAGGCCCGUAUGAGAUUGAUUGUGGAGUACGAGAUGGAUGGUUUUCUUGGACAAGUCCAGUAAUCGAUCUUAUGAUGAAUACAGCAAGUAACAUUGUUGAAAGCUAUUUAGAAGAUAUUGAGUCUGAUGAUCCUGAUAAUUUUCGUUAUCAUCGUCUUCAAUAUAAUUUGGACGCUUAUUUUUGA